AUGAUGCUCGGAUUCCUCGCUGUUCUCCUAGCAGUAUCCUGUGCCUGUGCCUCUCCUCCCAGUCGGGCACUCUGGCAGUUUCACAGUUUGAUCAAAUGUGCCAUUCCUAACAGUGCACCCCUGCAAGAAUUUAAUAAUUAUGGAUGUUAUUGUGGACUCGGAGGUGGUGGGACUCCAAAGGAUGCUCUGGACAAAUGCUGUCAGGUCCAUGACAACUGCUACUCGCAAGCCAACACAUACCCCAGUUGCAGUGGCCUUUCAGAUAAUCCAUAUACCAGGAGCUAUGCUUAUACCUGUUCAGGAACAACUAUCACCUGUACAGCUUAUAGUGAUCCGUGUGGCCAGUUUAUCUGUAACUGUGAUCGGGCUGCGGCAAUCUGCUUUUCAAAAUCUCCAUACAACCCUGGCUACAAAAAUUUGGAUAAAAGCAAAUACUGUUAA